AUGACUAAAGUUCAUGCUCCAGCUCGACGCCUCUCCAGGCUCUAUCUACAUGCCUGCAAACAAAAAUCAAAAUCAAGGAAAGGAAGUGCUGCAAAAAGUGCUGUAUCAGGAUUAAUUUUAGUUGCAAAAGCGUGUGGCAAUGAUGUUCCAAGAUUAACUUUCUGGCUGUCAAAUUCUGUUGUUUUGAGAGCAAUCAUUAGCAAAUCCUUUGGCGAAAAUCAGUUUCCUAUUUCUGUUGGAGCAGCCGUUGGAAUGAAAGAUGACAGGAAUUGGAACAAGAAAUCAUUGUCACUUCAGUGGGGCUCUGUUUCCAGCAGGGGUAUAGCAAGUGCUAUUGAGGAAAACUUCAGUGACUGGGAAAACCCUCUUAUAUUUUCAGCUGCACUUGAAAAGGUUGAAGCAUGGAUAUUUUCCCGUAUCAUUGAAUCUAUUUGGUGGCAGACCUUCACUCCGCAUAUGCAGUCUGGGGUUGCUAAUGAAAUUUGUACAAGUAUGAGUUCCGAUUCAAUCAAGUUCUAUGGAAGGACGUCUAGUUCAGGUGACCAACAGCUGGAAAAAUUUUCUUCUGAACUCUGGAAAAAGGCCUUCAGGGAUGCAUAUGAAAGGAUUUGUCCAGUUCAAGCCGGAGGGCAUGAGUGUGGCUGUUUGCCAGUCCUUUCUAGACUGAUAAUGGAGCAAUGCGUUGCUCGACUGGAUGUGGCUAUGUUCAAUGCAAUUCUUCGUGAGUCUGCCAAUGAAAUUCCAACAGAUCCUGUAGCUGACCCUAUCAGUGAUGUUGAAGUUCUUCCUAUUCCAGCAGGGAAAGCUAGCUUUGGGGCUGGUGCACAAUUGAAAAAUGCGAUCGGGAACUGGUCCCGAUGGCUAACUGAUCUCUUUGGUAUUGACGAUGACGAUUUACUCCAAGAUGAGAAUAGCUCGGAUGCUACUGAAGACGAUGAGAGAAAAUGUAAUGAUGCAUCCAUGAAGUCUUUCCGUCUCCUCAAUGCUUUGAGUGAUCUCAUGAUGCUUCCAAAGGAUAUGUUAUUAAGUCGCACAGUCAGAAAAGAGGUUUAG